CGUCUUCAAACAAAAAAGCACUUACUUCUCUAGGCAAAAAAAAAGAUUUUUCGUCCAAGGCUCAUAAUAAUUUGAGUGAUAAAUUUGAAGACUUUAAUGCAUCUGCACCUGUACAAGCAUCUUCAAGCAAAAGAGUACUUGCAUCUUCAAGCAAAAAACAAGAAUUUUCGCCCAAUGCUCAUGAUGAUUUGAGUGAUGAUCUUGAGAACUAUAAUGAGUGUAAUGAUGUGCCUUUGAGUAAUAGCGCUGAAGACACUCACCACAAAAAAAUUGUAUUUGAAUCAGAAUAUGAAGCGGCAGCGUAUAUUGCUGAAUGA